AUGGCUGCGUCAUUACUCGAGACCAUCCACCUGGCGCAUCUGCCUCCGUCGAUGCCCGUCCAUGUCGCCGUGUAUCGCGAUGUGCAGAAUGCGCCCUUCCUCCGCCAGCAGCUGUUGGCCGCCAAUGCCGAGUUCGAGUAUGCGUUCAUUGACGCAAGCGUGGUUCUGUCAAGAACCCACCUUCUCUCCGCCGUCUUCAGAGCUGUCAACGACUCCAUGAACGGGCGUCUCAAGUCGCGCAAUGUGCAUUCUGAGAUUGUCUUUUCCCUGAACCCCACAACUAACAUCGCCGAAUCCUUCCGCAAGUUCGGCAUCACGGACUCGACCAAGGACCUACUGGUGGUCAAGGUUUCCGUGACCCCAGAGAUUACCCACGAUUCGGUCGCGGCUCACCUGGGCCAACAUGUCGAAGGCUCCCCGGUACCUUUCGAUGACGAAACCCUGGCGAAGAUCGCCGAUGUUGCGAAAAUAAAAAAGGCUUACAAGUUGGGCGCGUUGAACACUGCACCACCGAAGCAAGCCAAUGGCACGCAAGACGACGGAAUGAGACGACUAGAACUUUCGGUCCUGGGUGCAAUUGCGCUGCGGGGAGCCACUUGAAUGUGAACUCGGAUUUGGAAACAAAAAGGAAGGAAAUCCAUCUCCUGAGCUCGGCGGCGGCGUCAGGACCCUGAUAGUACAGACCAACCGAUAACGCAGAUGCCUAUGAUACCCCAUGCCCACUGUUUCCGCCCUGGGCGCUAGGUCAAAUUUGCCCCAAGACGGACUCCCCCGCAGAAGUCUCCCUGCAGCCGGAAUCGCCUUAACGGCGCAUAUUGGACCAUUUCAUGUAUAUAGACAGCGUCAGCUCGGACUCUAUUAUAGUGCGUGCAGAGCACUGAAACAGAGCGAUCGCAUAUCUCGAAACCACCCUCGAACAUCCCCUAAUGAAAAUCCUAUACAUAGAUCAGCCCAUGUCGAACAUCAUCUCCAAACAAUUCACCUUGCCCUUAAAGCGCCAGAC